AUGAUGGAAGAGAGUGGAAUAGAGACAACUCCACCUGGUACGCCCCCACGAAGCCCAGCAGGGGCUGCUGCUGCUGCUACACCUGUCUCAUUAGCUUUGUCCAGUCCCCUUGCUACACCAAGCAUGUCAUCUUCUCCUGCAUACUCACCACCUGUGCCAGCUGGAGUGCCUUCGCUUCCUCCUCCUAUAAUGACUUCAGCUUCUCUUCCAGUUGUGCCUUCUGCAACGGUUUCUACUAUUGCACCACCUCUAACUCCUGCCCCACCUCAUGCUGCCUCUUCAUCUUUUAGUACCUCCAUGUCCCAGUUCUCUACACCUCCUCCAUUAAGCUCUGCUACUGGCUCUAGUCUUCCUGCACCUCCUACUGGUCCCCCCAUUUCGGGAUUUUCCAUAUCUUCAACCUAUGAUAUUACCAGAGGACAUGCUGGUCGAGCACCACAGAGCCCACUGAUGCCAUCAUUUUCUGCACCUCCAGUCACAGGUGUUUUGGCAGAUCCUAUUACUCAACAAGCAAUUUUCUCAUCACCUUUGGCUCCUGGAACUGGUUCUGCAAUUACUUUUCCUGAGGAGCAUGAAGACCCCCGAGUAUCUACUGCCCAAGGUGGAACACCUGCUGGAGGACUGUGGGGGUUUAUAAAGGGUGUAGCUGAGAAUCCCAUGGUGAAGUCUGUUCUUGACAAAACCAAACAUUCAGUGGAGACCAUGAUCACAACACUGGAUCCUGGCAUGGUUCCGUAUAUCAAAACUGGGGGAGAACUGGACAUAGUGGUUACUUCUAAUAAAGAGGUAAAAGUUGCAGCAAUUCGAGAUGCCUUUCAAGAAGUCUUUGGAAUGGCUGUUGUUACUGGAGAGGCUGCACAGUCUAACAUCGCACCCCAACCUGUGGGCUAUGCUGCAGGUUUAAAAGGAGCCCAAGAAAGAAUAGACAGCUUGCGUCGGACAGGAGUAAUACAUGAAAAACAGCCUGCUGUAUCAGUAGAAAACUUCAUUGAGGAAUUGCUUCCUGAUAAAUGGUUUGACAUUGGAUGUCUGAUUAUUGAGGAUCCAGUUCAUGGAAUUCAUCUGGAAGCUUUUACCCAAGCAACACCAGUGCCUUNUCAAAAUGUUACACAGGCUAAGAAUCUCACUCCUCAGGACUACAAUCUGAGAUGGUCAGGCCUGUUGGUGACUGUGGGCGAAGUGCUUGAGAAGAGUAUAAUGAAUGUCAACAGGACUGAUUGGCACAUGGUAUUCACUGGUAUGUCCCGUCGACAGAUGAUCUACAGUGCAGCUAAGGCUCUA